AGUUAAUAUUUGGGCUACAAACUGCUGGAUUAGUAGGGCUAGGACCUGCCCUCUGAUUCCCUAUCCACACCCUCUGCUGGGCCAGGGGAGCUGCUCACAUUGCCUGGCAGACUCACUGCUCACAUAGUCGGAAACGGAACUGGAGCUGCUCUGCUCUGUCUGAUUAGCUGGUUAUAUCACAGAGGAGCAGCACUAGACCCUGCCAUACCAUCCUAGUGGUUUAUCUCUGGACUGCUUUACCGUUGCCAAACCCUGCCUGCCGGACUGCUUUACCAUUUCCAGACCCUGCCAUACCAUCCUAGUGGUUUAUCUCUGGACUGCGUUUCUCUGAUUCCCAGCCUGUUGCCGCUGAAGACUAUCCUGCCUGUGCUUUGGGCAAGCAUGGCAACUGCAGCCGAAUAUGAGACUUUGCACACUGGCCAGAAGAUGCCCCUUGUGGGUCUAGGAACGUGGAAAAGUGCCCCUGGUCAGGUUAGGGACGCAGUAAAAUACGCCCUUGGUGCAGGAUACCGCCAUAUUGACUGCGCUUCUGUUUAUGGAAAUGAAGUAGAAGUGGGAGAUGGAAUUAAACAAAGUAUUGGACCUGCAAAGGGUUUAAAGAGAGAAGACAUUUUUGUAACGUCCAAGCUGUGGAAUAACAAACACCACCCAGAUGACGUGGAACCUGCUGUAAAGAAAACACUUGGGGACCUUCAGCUGGACUAUCUGGACCUGUAUCUCAUGCACUGGCCCUAUGCCUUCAAGAGAGGUGAUAAGAUAUUUCCCCAAAAUCCUGAUGGAUCAGUGCAGUAUGACUUAACAGACUAUAAAGACACAUGGAAGGCUAUGGAGAAGCUGGUGGAAAAGGGAUUUACCAAGGCCAUUGGGUUAUCUAACUUUAAUAAAAAGCAAAUUGAUGAUAUUAUGAGUAUUGCCAGUGUGAAGCCGGCUGUGUUACAGGUUGAGUGUCACCCAUACCUUGCGCAGAAUGAACUGAUCGCUCACUGCCGAGCACUUGGAAUUAAGGUUACAGGAUAUAGUCCACUAGGUUCACCUGAUCGCAGCUGGAGAAAGCCUGAGGAUCCCGUAUUGCUGGAGGAACCGUGCAUCCUGGCAAUGGCUAAAAAGUAUGGCAGAUCCGAAGCACAGAUUGUGAUACGGUGGCAGGUUCAACGCAAAGUUAUCACUAUUCCAAAAAGUGUCACCCCAUCUCGCAUUCUACAGAACCUUCAGGUAUUUGAUUUCUGUUUGACAGAAGAAGAAAUGAAACAAAUUGGAACCUUGAAUAAGAACUGGAGAUAUAUUAUCCCCUUAAUUACGGUGGAUGGAAAAUCUGUUGCAAGAGAUGCGUCACAUCCUUUUUAUCCAUUUAAUGAUCCUUAUUAACUCUUGCAACUAUCACCCAGAUACAGCUCCCAGAGUGCCUUGCUUUUGCCCUGCUGUUUCUGUGUAAUCACUUUGUUUAAAACCAUGUAAUGGGAUAUGAAUACACUUCCUGUUAUGUCAUUUUUUUAUUAUACAGAUAUAUAUAAAGUUUUGGUAUUCAUUUCUGGGUCAAAUACUACAAUAAAAUUAAACAUAAUGUCUAACAAGAAGUUAACAUUGUGUUUGUAAUUAAAUUAAAUGUUCUUUCUUUUAAAAGGUCGUGAAGCCUUAAACAUUUCUUUUAUGAUUCAGACAAAGCAUGUAAUAGUAUACAACUUUUUUUUCGUUGUUCUCUUGGUAUCUUUUGUUGAAGUCUUGAGCACUUCAGAGAGAAUGUUAUCUAUUUGCAAGAGCACUAGAUGGCAGCACUAUUUCCUGCAAUAUAGUGCUCCAGACACCUACCUAUGUAUCUCUUCAACAAAGAAUACACUGGAAACAAGGCCAGUUUGAUUAUAGAAGUAAAUUGGCAACUUUUUUAAAAUGGUAUGCUCUGUCUGAAUCACAAAAGAAAAUUCCUGAGUUUCAUAUCCCUUUAAGGGCUUUAAUUUUGCUACAGCUGUCUGGCUUUUAAAAUGUAUAUACCUGUACAUUUGCCAACCACUGCUUUAAAUUGUUAGAAAUGUAACGGAUACCAAAUGGUUAUUUGUAUUCUGGUUUAUUGAAACUUCAAGACAAAGCUGAACUGUUUUAUGUAAGCUAUCUGUUAUGUAACAGUAUGCAGUGCCUUCUUAUGGAUUAGUUCUAUUAAUAAACCAAAGUGUGUAAAGGUAUUUCUGUCUGUUAUAUUUUAGUGAUUUGUAUCUCUAGCACUACUUUUGUAUUAGUCUAUAGGAAACAAUUUCUAAUUAAACUGAUACAUUUGUUUGA